CACUCCCGGCUACGCCCCUGGUCUUGGUGUCAGAUCACGGCUGCGUCGCGCUGACCUGUGGCUGGUACGUGGCGUCGUCAGGUCGCCUUUCGUCGGCGUAUUCUUUGCUUCCAGACUUCGUCGGGAUGGCGGCGUCUCGUUGAAAUGUCGUCUAGAGAGGAUUUCCGGCGUCUUCGUCGGCGGCGGAGGAUCUUCGUCAAUUCGACGAACACCAACCGCACCUCGAUCGGUUGCUGCUUUUAGUUUUGCGGAUAUGGACUCGCAGAGCGGCCCCGGGCUGGGCCAGUGCAUGGACGGCUCUGCGGCGACAGGCAGCGGCCUGGUGAUGGCGAACGGGAGGGUCGUCGAGGACUCCACUGACUAGCGGUGAGGUAGACGGCGAUAUCGUGAGGGCGUUCACCUUGCUGCGGGCGCGGAGGGUUGACGGCGAACCCUCGUAGUCCCAUAUCGCGGUAUGGGCAUCGGCGGUAGACAUAUGUCCGGCUUCCCCGCAGUGACAGCAGAGCGGGAGGUGGUCGGGGGUGCGCCAAAUGUCCGUCUUCCUCGGGUGGCUACGCUCGGCGACGAGCGGGCGGGCGUCCUGGCGGCGGCGGCGGUGGACGACGGAAUUGCGGCGUUACAGGGCCCUGGCGCGGUCGCGGAGGGGGAUCUUGACGACGACCGGGUGACGGCUAAGUCAUCGCUUCUGGAACGGGAAGCAGCGAUUCGGGCUGCACUUCGGAAACGCCCAGUGAUCGUCGCAGUUCGUCCUUGACGAUGUCAGUGAUUGAGGACACCUAACGCUGCGACGACGGAAACAUCUUGCUCAGUUCGCGCACAAUGGCCUUGAUGGUCUCUUGGAGGUCAACCGGAGCCUAGUGCUUGGAUGGCGCACUGUGGCGUGAGCACAUGGCGGUUAUAUUGCCUAGUGCGCAUUUCUAGAGUUUUCUCAAUCGUCGUUCGCUCUGCCAAGAACUCAGCUACGGUCUUCAGUGGGUUGCAGAUAAGUCCAGCGAUCGAAAGGUUCUCGCUUUACGCUUACGCCUCUCAUCAAGAAACGCACUUCUUUUCGGACAUUUCCGGGUCGGCGUGCCGGAAAGACAGGUCAUCCUUUCCGUGAAGAUGGCGAUGGUCUCUGUGGGUAGUUGCCCUCGGGUUUCCAGCAGAACUUUGGUACUGGCUUUUCGGACAACGCUCGUGAACGUCCUCAGGAAAUUACUGCGGAACAGGUCCCACGUUGUAAGGGUGCACUCCUGGUUCUCGAACCAAGUCCUCGGGGCAUCUUCCAAGAAGUACACAUGUCGUAGCUUAUCCUCAGAGGUCCAGUUGUUGAAGGUCGAGAUCUUUUCGAAGGUUUCGUGUCAGGUUUCCGGAUCCUCCGACGUAGCUCCACGGAAGGUAGGGGGCUCUCUGGGUUGUUGAAUUACGACGGGUGACGCUGGGGUUGCCACUGUUGUUGAGUUGGCCACGGGCACUGUCUUCCUGGUCGUAUCAGGCAUAAGUCCGUGCUCUUGGGGCAGUUUCGUCAUUCCAGUUUUGCUGCCUCCUUCACAGUCACUACUACCCAGCACCUCCACCAGCUAGAUAUGUCACGUAGUAGUGACGGUGAAGAAAGCAGCAAAACUGGGAAUGACGAAACUAGCGUUUUGUUGGGCGAACCUGUGCCCUCAAAAACAGGCAUGCGCUCAAAAAACCGCGAUAGCUACGAACACAGUCGGCGAUAGUCGAAAAUCUGAUUAGCCGGUGAAGCGCGUCGGCUUUUAUACUCAGUCAUCGAAUGUUCCAAAGUAAUCACUGGUGCCCGCAUGUCUUCCACAAUGUUCUACACCAUUCGCGUCGCGCAUACAUGAAACAUUUGCUGGGCGCUGAAACGUAGUCACUUGAUAAAGAAUUAAUGCGACGCCUUGACAGCACAUUUUGACAAAACGAGGCACAUAAUUUCACUCCUUGUUUCAAGGAACGUUAAUCACAGCUGGAGCUUCACCCUCACCGUAGAGUACACAUUGCCGACUUCUCAAACCACACGAACCCACAUUUUUUCAAAACCCGCGAGCAGUGAAUGCGAUCGUGCGGCUUUAGAAAGCCAGGCGGGGCUCCGCUGGCUCCGCGGUGCGCGCGUGCAUCGGGGGCGGAGCCGUCCGCAAAACGCUGGACAAGGGUACAAGGGAUGGCCGGGGCAAUAACAAUCAAAAUGGGCAGUGCACAGGCGGGCGGCCAUGGCGGUGAACGGCUGAUUGAUGCAGCCGAUCGGCUCGUGUUGCUGCUGCACUGCAGAUACUACACUACGGUGGUGGUGGUCCCCGCGCGCGAGGAACUCAUGCUGGAGGCGACACAGCGUUGUUCCGGGCAGUCGGCGGCAUCAGGGCGGCGGUGAGCCAUGGCGCCACGGUGGCGGUGCUGACGACCGACGUCCCCGUCAUCGACCGGCCGCGGCAUGGCUGCAGCCGGGUGUGCCCGAGCUCGGCUCCCGCUGCUACUCCUGCUGCUGGCGGUGCACAUCGUGCGCCAAGCAAAUGGCUGCGACUUUCCAGCGGCCUGGUGGGGUGAGUGGUUCUUGCAAGGAGCACGGGAGCCUGUGCGCAUCAACCGCACCCAUAUAUCUACACGGGGCCGGUGCCUGGAGGGCCGCGAAAGCAAGUUUCUUCUGUCUGAGACUGGCUGUGUGCGCUGCUUGGGCAUCAGUGCAAAGCACGCGAAUGUGCUGCAGUACAAGGAAACGCCUUGCUCGCACCAGACCUCACACGCAGCUGUCUGUGCAGAGUUUGCGGGUGACGCUAGCCUGUAUUCACUCUUCCGGCUCAAUGGCAGUGAGCAGGAAUGCCCCAUGCAGGGCCCACUCCUGUUCAGCUACAACCAAGGUGGUGGCGAUUGUGCUAACCCCCCCUCAAGUCUGGAAUCGUGUACAGAGCCCAGCCGGCUGCUGCUGCGCUUCCAGGCCUGUGCCAGCGUGCUUGGCUCUGAGAGCAGAGAGGAGCAGCUGACAUGCCUGGCAUCGUGGAAAGAGGGCUCGGUGCGCUACCUGGUUGGCCGGCUGGUGCAUGCAGCAGCCAAGACGGAUGCUGAUCGGCUGCGCUGCUUCGCUUACGAGCAGGCCAAUGGUGGCUGGCAACUGGCCCAGUCGGGGGAUGCCACGUGCGACGCCCUGAGUGGUGCCACCGAGGGAUCACGCACGUUGCGCCUGUGGUCGCCCCCCAUGCCAGCAGGGCACAUGUGCAGCUGGCCCGACUGGUUCUCACAAGGCACCUGGCAGCCACUGGGCGAGGCUGGCACGCCGCUCCAGGUGCUGUCACCCGAUGUGCUGCUCAUGGGUGCCACACGGUUGCGCUGCCUCGAGCCACUGCCAGCUCUCAGUGACCCAGCUGAAGCACGCUUUAAGGUCCAGGCCAUGCAUCAGUGUGCAAGCCAGAGACGCUGCCUGGGGCUCCUGAGGAGAGCAGCGCACGUGGUGGAGCUGCGGCAGGGCGACUGCGAGCAGCUGUCGCGGCCACUUACAUUGGUGCAGCAGCGCCAGGCAGGCAGCUGUGGCCCCCUUCUGGGCCGCCUCUUCUUGCUGCCCCAGCAAGCAGGUGCCACAGCAGGACUGCUCCAGGGCUGUGGAGGCCACUCGGUGCUCAGUUGGGGCUGUGGCUACCACCAGGAACAGCUGCAGCUGCUGCUCGGAUGUGGCUCUGACAUACACCGAUUUGAGUGCCAUGGCAGCUGGGAGGAGAACGGCACACGCCUGCUGGUAGCCAGUGCAGUGUCCAGCCAGCGCCAUUACUGCAUUGCUGUGUUGGCACAGCGUGUGCAGUUUGCCGAGAGCCCCCCUGCGUGCACCCAGGGCCUGCUCUGGCCAUGGCUGUCCUUUGAGCUGACACACACCGACAGCUGUGACUCGCACGAAACGGGUGCAGCUACUGGCCAGUGGCCUUUAUUACCGGUGUUGGUGGCCGCACUUCCGAUGUUGCUUGCAGCCCAAACGCUUUCCUAGGUGCUGUGGUGGACAGGCUCAAGAGACUGUGUAACAGUGUUGGUGCUCGCGUUGUUGAUGUGUCUUGAUGUGCUGUGACCAAAAGUCUGACCACGUCGUUGGAGAAGACAGUGCCUCUGGGCGCGCACUGACACCUAAACAGAGGCCUUCAUUUGGGCAGCUGCCAAGUGGUAGCUUGGGAGGUAGGCAGAUGCUGUGUAAUUCAUUGUUCACAUGCAUUCCAGAAGCACAGGAACCUUUGUAUCAAACCACUGCAGCUUCUUCCAGCCUGCCUACAGACCAGCCAGCACAGUGGAAUGUGGUGCAGUGACAGUAAUCAAGCAAGCUGCUGACAGAUGAGCACUUGCAUUUGUAAUGAACCUCUGUGCAUACAGUAUGGUUGAGCAGAAACAGCAGUUGCACAAAUGCUUUGUUAAUACACCGAGUACUCGCGUUCAUCUUAUGCCAGAACUUGUAGAAAAUGUUUGGCGAUUUUAAUUAGAUGAGAAAUAAAGUGCAAAGCAGUUUCAAAAGGGUGCCCAUAUUUGACAGCUGCAGCAGUGAGUUCAUUGCUCAAAGUCUUGCUAUGCACUGUUCAAUUUCUGAACAUGUUUUUACCGUGACAAUUUAAAACAGCAUGCUUUUAAAGUAUAGGAGGGUGCUCUAGUACAGACAUUGCUUGCCAUAUGUAAAUGCUGCGUUGAAACUUUUAAAAGCUUAUCAUUAUAUGCAAGUCAUGGAACAGCAGCUGUGGUAAAGGCUCCAUACAAGACAUAGAGCUUACUAUACUACCGAGGCAUCAAGACCAUCGAGGCUUACCUUUUAAAACUGCCCGUUUGUUACUUUUAUCAGGCGUGGUGUGUUCUCGCUUGUUUUUGCAGUUUACUAAACGAACCAUCUACAGAUGUGUUAAAAUUUAUUGGCAGGCGAGGCUCCUGCGGACAUUCAGACUAAGUGUAAGCACACUUUGUAAACCCUGUAAUUGGUGAACAGAUCUUAAGCAUAGUAUUUUCUUUUUCAAAUUUAAAUUGUUUAAUUAUCCUUGAAACACAAUUCAUCCCAGUAAGACCAGUACUAUACACAUUUUUAGCCACUUCUGCUUAUGGGGCAUCAACUAGGAGGCCAAUGUCAACCGUGUAUGUGAUCACAUCCUGCAGUGGUUAUGGUUCUCUACUGCUAAGGACGAGGUCAUGGUCCUUAUUUGUGGACACAUUCGAAUGGAACUGCUACGCAGAAAUGCUAGUAUACCUGGGUUUCAGUAUAUGUUAAAAGAAUCCCAGGUGGUCAAAAAUAACAUGGAUCCCAGCUUAUGCUCUGCGACAUUAAAUCCUAUGAAACAAUUAACUCGGUGAUUUCAGACUUCGGGUCAACCUAUUAUCUGCAGCAUGCGCAACAGUGCAUGCAUGUUCGUUCAGUAGUGUAUUCUAGCACUUGGUAAAGGACAGAGAUGGAGGCGAGACAUUGUUCUAGCAGUGAGCAUUGAAAAGAAUUUAAUAACAGAAAUAAAAUGAAUUCAAUGAAACUAAAUAGGAGUUUGGUGCGAGUUAUGGACCACACAACAGUACGUACGAAAGGCUGGUACAAUUCAGCAAAAGCGGCAGAGUCAAUUUCCUGGAAUCGGCUCCCUAAUAAAAAUAAGCAGCAGAAUUGGUCAUCAUGACAAAGAAGCCAAGGCAUGUUCUUGGAGCCAAAAAAAAAAAAAAAAUAUGAGGAUUGAGCACAGUAUACUCAUCGCACACCUCAAAGUUGUGGCCACAGGACUGUUCCCUGUAUGUUUAUCAUUUGCUGGUGCUUAGUACAGUGAUGGAAGUCACUUUUAUCGCAGUCUUUUGGACCCAGCAAGAAUGCAGAAAAUAACUUUUUGUAAUAAAGUGCAAGUAUAUUAGAAAUGCUGAAUAGUCAUGGCCUUUGUACAAAGCACUUGGUUACUAUACAUUUCUAGAGUAAAGCACAAGUAUAUUACAAAUGUUGAAUGUUAAUAGCUUUUGUGCAUUUAGUGCUUCUACAAGUUUGUAGACUGACAAUACGAAAAUAUAAAUGAGCUCCAUUUGAUCCUUUAUAAGUAGGGGUGUGCAGAUACUGGAUAGAUUUUGACUCAAAUAUUGAAUUUGAUAUGAAAUAACAGAAAAUUUAUCUGUAAGUUUAAUGCUUGCAAAUGCUUGGUAUGUGAAUAUGCUGCACAUGCUCGGGGGAGUCUCCUAGCAUUGCACAGCAUGAAAGUGGCAAGCUUGGGUGCAUAGAAAUCAAGACAUACGUACAGUAUGGUCUACUCUUAUUGAAAGGAACUUCAAGUUAGUAUUCCAACAAUGAAUAUGGCUCAGUUCUAGUAUAUGUGAAUGCUUGAGAAAUUUUUCCAAUAAAAUGUUGAACGAAGUGCUA